UCUCUGGUCUGGUCUCAGCAUUAUUCUUCAGCACUGCUCAUCUUCACACACCACAUCCACCAAAUCACAAGAUGAUCACAAUAUUCUGCGCUUUCUUUACUCUUCUGACCUGUGUCAGUGGAGUGACUGUAGUGACUCAGAGUCCAUUAAUCACAGUCAGUAAAGGAGAAACGGCUAAACUGGACUGUAACACAGGAAGCUCUACUGAUGGUGGACGCUGGUAUAAACAGUUCUCAGGAGAAACGCCUCAGUUUGUUUUAAACUCUUACCACAGCUGGAGUUCUCCUAAGUAUGGAUCUGGAUUCUCCUCGUCUAAAUUUACAGUAUCUUAUCCAACCCAGUCAGACUGUCAUCUGUCAAUCAAUAAUGUGGAUGUGGACGAUUCUGCAGUGUAUUACUGUCACACAUGGGACAGCUCUGUCACUGUGGUAUUCGGACAAGGAACAAAACUCAUCGUGACUGAUGCUGCUGCUGCUGCUCCUGAGCUGAACAUCCUCCGUCCAUCCAGAGAAGAGCUGAGCUCCAGUAAACUCACUCUGGUGUGUCUGAUCAAUCACAUGUCUGGGGCUUUUGCUGAUGUGCGUUGGCUUGUGAACGGGAACUCAGUUACUGAAGGCGUCUUCACUGGAUCUGCUGAACAGCAGCCUGAUAAGAAAUUCAAGAUGAGCAGUAUUUUAACCAUUGAGAGCUCAGAGUGGGACAAAGACACACAGCUGACAUGUGAAGCGACUGCUGCCUCAAAAACCAACAGAAAAAGCAUCAAGAAAUCUGAAUGCAGCAACUGAACUGCUUGAUCUCCUCUUGAUUUAUGUGAUAGCAAUUAAAUUGGUUUGCAUAGAGUAGAAAACAUUAACUAUAAAAAAUAAAGUGCCUUAGUUGCUUCAUGUCUAAAUGUAUAUUACUGUGCUUUAUAAACUCCAAUAAACUGCAUGUUAAUCAAA